UCUGCUGUGAUUAAUUUACAAGGGACGGGUUGGGCAGUUUUUGCCACGAUGGGGGGAGGGCGGGAGAGGGUAGAAUCUGUGGGGUAUUCGCAGAGUACGCAUUCGCUUAGAUCAUCGUCGGCUUCAGUUGAUGGAGGAAGCCAAGUGCCGCAUGCGAAGCGGCAGAAGACGAGAGGAGGGUUCAGUGACUUGCUGACAUGUCCGGUGUGCUUUGAGACGAUGUUUGCCCCUAUUUAUCAAUGCAACAAGGGUCACACUGUUUGCUGUGGAUGCAAGGCAAAAGUGACGUCCUGCCCCUCGUGUAGAGGCCCUCUCGGUGACAUCCGCUGUCUGGCACUUGAGCAGGCUGCUGAACUGGUGGAUGUGCCUUGCCGCUAUCAAGACCAUGGCUGCCCUAUGAUGGUGGAGUAUACCGCGAAGAAGGAACACGAGGAAACCUGCAAGUUCCGGCCUUUUGAGUGCAUCAGCGUGGGUUGCCAAGCCGAAGGGACUGUGCCAUGGCUGCUUACGCACUUGAAGGCUCAUCCGAAGAUCAGCAUUUAUGAAAGCGCACAGAUAACGACGAACAUUGUCGUAUCGGAUAAAGUAGGGGCCUACCAUCCUCUGGUGUAUUCUGCUCAUACGCAGUAUUUCUGCUUGCGCAUGGAGAUGUGUAAGUUGAUGGGUCCCUUGGUUCUUGCAGCCUGGGUGCAAUUCAUGGGAGAGAGUGAGAUGGGGCGCUCCUUCAGAAUUCAGAGGUCUUGGGUGGACUGGACACGGAUCACUCCCACUUGGUUAAGGGUAAGUACCUCGUCAGAAUUCAGAGGUCUCGGGUGGACAGGACACGGGGGAUCACUCCCACUUGGUCCUCGUGAGCACCAUCGCCUGGCAACUAUAAUGUUUCAUGGUCGAUCAAAGGAGCUCAACCUUCUAGGAAGCAAUUUGGAAAAGGUGAUUGGUAUUGGAUUUACGACGCGGUGUGGGGCUGUGAGCUGUGAGACCAUCAUCGACAGAGCGAUGGAUGGCUGGCUCUGCUGCCUGCAGCUGUACCUGCAGUAGAGAGCAGACUGGCACAUAUAUGGGGUUAGAGACGAUCACAACUGUGUGAGUCACCGCUCCGCAAGCUUGGAUUUUGUUGCCUCGCGAAUCGCGAUCUCCUCCUUCCCCCUUUUUUUGUGAUGCUAUAUCACAUGGAUUGCUCUCGAGGCUCGAGCGGGUCGGCGUCCGUUGGUCGGCGAUAACACUGUCAGAUGGCUUUUUGCUUUGGAAGUUGAAAUCAUAAAAGCACCAUGGUGGGCGGCGGCAGCACGGGUUUUCGGUAGCAUUGGCGUUUUCUCUGAUAGAAGACGGCAUUACCCUUGCGAUUGUUGAGACAAGACCAUACUUGAGUGGAUGGCAUAACAAUAACAGGUUUUGAAUGAGGGCGUUUUCACAAGGGCACUAUCUUAAGUGUAUCUGGCCGCAUCUACGACUGCGCGUGGAUGUGUCUGGCUGCAAUUCCGCCCCGAAGUAAGUCAAAAGAAGUGCUAGUGUGAUUAGCAUUCCCUAGCAUUGGCAGUUGUUAGUCACAGUACUUCUGCGAAUCGAUCGAUUGGAUUUGUCAUUCGGUCAUUCAAGUCGAUUCAACAGUGCAGCAGCGGAUUGGGACCCGCGUGUAUGAAGGACUUUUCAGAUUUGUGGGUGUUAAAAACUUGAUGUGUGUGUAGUUGCCGUGUACAGUUUGCUCCUUGGUAUUGGCCAACAGCGGAAUCAGUCUUCUUACCGUAAAAAACGUGAAAGCAAGCAAGGAGAGUGAGUGGAGUUGGUAUCGCGUUUUGGUGCGUGGGUCGGCGAGGAGGCUCAUGCGCGGCAGUGGGUGGUAGUGGAGCGCACGAACAGUCAUCGUCGGGCUCCGAAAAUGAUCGCGGCAAUGGAGGGGCAGAAGUGGCACAAUGCUUUGCGGCUUCUACUGUUCUUCGGCUUCAACGUAUAUGGAUGAUGAAGUUGUGCUCUGCAAAUCGAUGGGAGAAGUGGGAUUACUGUUAUAGUAGUGCUGGUGCACUGCUGUGGGGUGGGUGGUGCAAGGUUAUACUACUAGAUUAGGUUGAGCACAUGUGACCUGCUGCAUUUGUUCUGUCUGUCUGAAGACAUCCUCUAGUGGAGUUUGGCCAUCCGUUCGUUUGAUGCUUGCUGAACGGAAUUGAGUAUCAUUUGUUUUCUGACACAGCCUAGACGGAAGUCGAUUGCCCUUUGUCGUUCAGCGAUUCUUCGGGCCGCUGAGGCAUAAUCUGCGAUUUCAAUUUCGAUUUCAAUUUCAUGCUUGACCCAGCGAUGAUCCUUUUAGGGGUCAGGUCGAGCAUCGAUAUGUUAUGGUCCCUUGUCUUUUUGGUGCAUUCGCCUCUGCGCUGCCAUCCGUAAUGUGUCGAAGACGCGAAGCCAAUGGAACGCGUGAACGAUGCAUCAUCAUCGUCAGGAUGAAGUUGUGAUACGCACACUGUGCGCACUUGAUCCCUCCACACACACACAGACUUGCAUUUUUUUUUAUUGCUUGCUGGACGUACAAGAUGCGCUUUCUUAUAUCAUCGAGUGAGAUCCAGCGCACUUAGCCACUCGCAAAUGCGGCGCGUGUUAAUGUUUAAACGCGACCAGUACACGGGCCCAGCCUUGUGAAGAACAAAUAUUUCGCCGCCUACGGAAAAAAAAAUUGGAGGCUAGGAGCUACUACCGGACCACGACGGCUGGCGGCGCCAGCCAAGAAAGGAGAAAAAAAGUACGUCGGUGGCCGGGGGGUUCGGUACUCAGCUUGGCGCCGCGUGGUGGAAAGGCCAUCAGGCCCCCAGGUGUACUGGUGGUUUAGGUGUUGGGAAAACAACUGAAGUUGAAUUAGGCUUUUCGAGUUACAGGCGGUUGUUUGAAACUUCGAAUGCUUUAUCUUUUUUUUUUUUUUUUUUUCGAAUGUGAAGAGAGGAGGCAGGAGGCUGCACCGCGCAGAUCUUUCUUGGAGUAUCUCAGUUCAGGCUUGCUGAUUGAAGAUUUCUGUGUAGAAGGAAUUACUGGUGUUGGACAGAUGCGGGGGGAUCAGUUGGAUGGAUAAAGGAAUCGUUCCCUUGGGUCGAUAACGUUCUUCGGUUGCAUUUCGCAAGACAUUGAUUGAUUGUAUUCAUUGGAUUUGGUCAAGCGCUCGGGUCACAUUCAUGGAAGGGAAUUGAAAUUGAUUAUCAUUCCAGGUGAAGUUUGGAGAAACAAAUUGGAUUGUUGUCGGGUAGCAGAUCAGAUUUGUUGACAUUUCCGACCGUUCUUAGGAGGUAUUUGAUGUUUGGUGGACUUCCUCUUGGUUUCGUGAAUGCGCUGAGAAAGGUGGGCGUGUUUGGUGAAACGAUGGGGAAGAAGAAGAAGAAGAAGAAGAAGAAGCACGAGGUAUGAAAACGAACUUGAGAGCCCGAUCCCUUGUCGUGCAGUACAGAGGGAUCGGGGAGAGAGAGGAGCUGUGGAGACGAUGACGACGGAACGAAGGCGGAGAGUUCCCCACAUCGC